AUGUACCCGACCGCGCUCUCAUCGAUUGAGGUCCUGAAUUCGCCAGCAAUUGCGGGUGAGACUAAGCCGCGUAUCGCUGCCAAUCGCACCGAUGGUAUGAAGAAUGCCGGCGAGGCCGCAGAGUUCCUUGGCCACCGGCCGGUGGCCAGUGAUGGAUCGUUUGGAGACUACAAAUGGUUCACGUAUCGCCAGGUGUUGGACAAGGCGCAGUGUAUUGGAUCUGGCAUGUCCAAGAUGGGCAUCAAGCCGCAGGAGUGCAUUGGAAUCUUCUCACCUAACCGCAUCGAAUGGUCGUUUACUGAGCACGCAACGUACAUGUACAACAUUGUCAGCACUGAGAUGCGUCUUGUGUUUGUUGCUCCCGAGAAACUCGACACCAUGCUUGGAAUCUGGGACGACAUCCCGACGUCCGCUAAAUCUGCAAUCGAUUCUCUGUCCGAGGAUCGCAGUGUGCUCACGCUGACUGAGUUGGAGGCAGCUGGUAAGCAGGACGACCUUGCCCCUAUGCCCGAGACACCUGCCGGACUUGAUGACCCAUGCACGAUCUGCUAUACUUCCGGUACCACUGGCUUGCCUAAGGGCGUGGUUCUGUCUCACAUGAACUUCUUAUCUGUUGUCGGCAGUUUCAAGGAGCGCAUGCGUAUUGGACAGGUGCUCAAGGUUUGCGUCGGCUGCCGCAUCGGAUACGGCUGUGGUGAUAUCCGCAAGAUCCUUGAUGACAUCAACGCCCUGAAACCCUCGAUCAUGGUCGGCGUGCCACGCAUCUUCAACCGCAUCCACGACCAAGUGUGGGCACAGUCUGUGCGCGAGAAGUUUGGAGGCAAUAUCCGCUUAAUCAUCUCUGGCUCAGCGCCGAUAUCUCACGACGUCAUGGAUUUCUUGCGUAUCGCCUUCUCCACCACAGUCUAUGAAGGCUACGGCCUGACCGAGACCACUGGCCCAUGUGGAAUGACCGUGAUCUCAGAAAUGAGGGCUGGCAAUGUCGGCUGCACAUUCGGCAACUGCGCCUACAAGCUGGUCAGCGUGCCCGAGAUGGAAUACACAGUUGACGAUAUGCCGUACCCGCGCGGGGAGAUUUGUGUCAAAGGACACAACGUCUUCACCCAGUACUACAAGCGCCCUGAUCUCACAGCUGAGGCAUUCGAUGAGCACGGUUUCCUACGUACCGGUGAUAUCGGCCAGUUUGACGACCUGGGUAACCUCGUCAUCGGCGAAUAUGUUGCGCCUGAGCGCAUCGAGAACAGCCAGCUUGUUGGUGUCAUGGUUCCCAACGAAGAGUUCCUGCGCCGUGAGAUCACUGAGUCCAAGGAGCUAGCGCAUUUGGAGGGCAAGGACCUCAAGGAUAUAUGCGCUGAUAAGACCGCCAGCGACUACCUCUGCCGCACCAUCAAUUCCUGGGGUCGCAAGAGCGACCUGAAGGGCUAUGAGAUCCCGAAAAACAUCCACCUUGAGUCUGUGCCAUUCACUAUUGAGAACAACCUGCUCACCCCUACUCUCAAGAUCAAGCGUGCUGAUGCCAAAAAACUCUACAAAGAUAUUCUUGACCGCCUCUACGCUGAGCUAACUAAGAACUAG